AUGUAUGAAGAGGAUGAUGGCGCAAAACACUCACCUCAUAGGUUAUCUCUACCCGCCGUACCAUCUUCUAGCCCCUUUCAGACACUCAGAGUCACGAAAUCUGGUGCCACAAAUGGCAACAUCUCUCUUCCUAAGAUAGAAGAUACACAAGCUUCUUACAACAUCAAACAAGGCCAAUUUAUCGAUCCUCGGUAUCCACUAGGACAUACUACUAUCGAGCAAUUGACUCCUUACUCUACUCCAGCACUAUUCAAAUCCAAGGACCAGCAGAAUCACAAUGGCGUAGUAGGGUCAUCGAAAGAAUUACAUAUAGUAAAUAGUUUUUCCUUCGCUGGGAACCUGGGAGGUUUUCCUGUGACGCUUCCGUAUACGCCUAAAUCAAACGAUACUUCUUGGAAUUCGAGCCACGGGAAUCCAGUUGGCACAUCAGUUGUUGGGCGACCCACCAGCCUAACACAUCUCACCACAUUAGGUAAUGCACAUCCCUGCAACGACGUUGACAACGACAACGAAAUUCUAGGCAAAUCGCCCAAGCCGGAUAAUCUGAAUGCUGACGCCAGCGACGAAGCCCAAGAUGAAUAUCCCCUUGACAGUGACUCGAUGGAGGAAGACAUGGCCUACGUUCUCGGAACGGCCCUCGAUAACUUCCAGGAGGCGCAUAUACCCCCUUCUAGCGUUGCUCAGGCAUGGGAUCGUGACUCGAGGUCGGCAGUUGAAUAUGACUCGACUCUACAACACUCGUCCCCAAAUGAACCAAUUGCCUCGCAUAUAGUAGACACGGCUGAGAACCCUAACAGUAACCAUGAUGAUCUUCUCGAUGAAGAUGUUGACUGGAAUGUCGUAUAUACUAUGACGAGCAUAAUUCCGAACAGCGCAUCGAGCACUAAUCUCCAAAACACAGCUAAUCCUUUGCUACAAGGGAAAAUCACUCGCAUGGAGAAAUUUGUCGAGUCCGGUGCUCGCAUUGAGAAUAUGAAGCCCUUGAAGCCAUUCGUGCGGCCGCCCUUCCCUGAAAAGGUCCGUGGUCAUUCUGUCGUCUCGGAAUUGUCGCCGCGUACGGUGUUACGGACCUGUUUUCGAAUAGGAGAGUUGGUCAACCAGGCGGUACAUUGUCUAAACCAUCGGCAGGAUGUAGUCUUCGAGCUGUUCGCGAGGGUAACGUAUUCAAGCCGCGAGAGUCUUCAAAGAAACCAACAUUUCCAAUUUAUUGACCUAUUUAAGGAUCAGCUUCCAUACCCGGCGGGGGUCUUCUCGAACUGGCGAGUAGGCACGCAGCUGGAUCGCCAAAGUGCAGCGUUCCUAGAUACGAGGGCGGAGCCUAAAUUAUGCCGCUGCGUAUGCAAGCCCAGGAGAGAUCCAAAGGUCGCAAUCGGCCUAACUCUUGUCGUUACUGCCAUCAGAGAAAUUGACUGGGCGCAUAUCAUAUUGGCCAAAAAGACAGUCUGCGGGGGAUCGGAUGAUGCAGCCCGAGAUGCUGUCACACAAUAA